GCUUGGAAAAUGGAUGUGAAUAGGUCAAAUCAAGUCAAAUGUUGACUACUUGCGAAAGAGGAUGUCUUGUGUCAUUUUUGCCACAUUUUGUCCUUUUUUCAAAAAGGGAGAAGAUUCAGUCAAGGCAUCUGAGACACAGCACACUAACUUUAAAAUGCCAGAAGAAAAUGUGAAAACUUAUACAUAUGAAGAAAUUGCUGAGCAUUCAACAAGUGAAUCUGCAUGGAUAGUAAUAGAGAAUGGAGUUUAUGAUGUUACCAAGUUUUUAGAGGAGCAUCCUGGAGGUCCAGAUAUUCUCUUAGACUGGGCAGGUCAAGAAGAUGCAACAGAUGCUUUUGAGGAUGCUGGGCAUUCCUUAGAUGCUCGAGAGCAAAUGAAAGCAUAUAAAAUAGGUGAAAUAGCUGAGGAAGAAAAGACUGUGAAACCUAAGGCAUAUGAUAACAUUAUACGGUGCGUACUUCAGUAAUUAUUGAUGGCAUGACUUCUUCAGCAGCCGAUUAGGAGUCCUCAUUCCUGUAAGUGUGGUAUUGGCUGGUCUUCUGGUUUACACAGUUAUACGACUAAGAAAAUAGAGCUGCAAUUUAUCCAACUGCUGUCAAAUUAAAGUUAAGAAGAGCUUCUGUUAUUUUUUAUAUUGUUUCAAUUAAGUAAUUACGUUUAUGGAUAUUUUCAAUGUUUAAUUAAUCUAGAUGAUAUAUAAAUAAUAUUGAAUGAAUGAAUAAAUAAUAUUAAUAAUGAAUAAUAUUAAGAUAACUCAUUCAAGGAGCAUAUUUAUCUGUGUAUAUUUAUUUCAUUAUAUUGUGCAUUUAGAUAAUAUCAAUGAUUUUGUUUAAAAUAUUGGAUUAUUUACUGUCAGAAUGGAAAUUAAAUAAGCAUGGAUAAAUUCAAAUUUUUUGAAAAAUCUUUGUAAAGACUGGUAUAUAUAUAUAUAGUGAAACAUUAAGGAGAGAGUUUUGAGGAAUGUGAGCAGGGAUAUAAAAUAUGUUUGGAUUUAUUGCAUGCUGUUAUAAUUAAAUUGAUAAAUAAGAAAAAAAGUAACAUGCUUCAUGAAUCAUUUACCUUUGUUCUCUCAUUAUUAUUUUUUUUAAAAAAAACAUUAUAAUUCAAAUUUUUGUUUUCCAAAAUCUGAUUGCAGAUCUUGAGUUUUUUUUCUUUUUCUUUUUCUUCUGAAUAAAGAAUGAAAAGAAGAGAAGAUAUAUAUUCAUAGCUGUUAUGUUUAUAUCAAUUGUAAAAGCAAGAAAUUUUUUUUGAAAGAUUGUUUUAUUUGAACUUUUACAAUGCUGUAGAUAUUCUUAUUUGAUUUCUUAAUUUAAAAUUAUUAAUCUUUUUCUAAAAGCAUCGAAGCACGAUUUGGAAAAUUAAGGAGCAGCUUGGAAAGAGGAAAAUUUCUAGCAAUUUAUGAAAAUGUUUCUUAUUGCAUGUGUGCUUUUAGAAAUUUAGAAUAUUAAAAUUUAAAUCCUUUAACUAAGUUUAUAAAUUAUUAUUACAGAACAGUUUACAUCUUUUAUAUUCAUCUGUUAUUCAAUAAAAACAAUUUUUAAAGAUAUUAAUGCUGUUGAAGCUUUUCUAUAAUUUGAUGUGCCAAGUUAUACAUUAAAAUUUUAUAUAUUGUAAUGUUUUAUAGAAAUAUAUAAAAUUUCUGAAGUUAUGGAUAUAAAGACUAAUAAAAUUAUAUUAUUGGAUAUUCUUUGUGUUUAAUAGUCAAUAAUAAAAACUAUAACUCUUAGUUCAUAAGCGUUUGAUAUAAAAUUCUUAUAUUAUUAAAUUAUUUCUAUUUGCAAAAUGCAUAAAAAGUUAUAUUUCUUCAAAAUUUUUUUAAAAAUAAAUAAAUAAAUAUGUGAUGUUGUUACUGAUAGUAAUUUGAUUUAUUUUAAAUUCAUUCUAGAUAAAUAUAAAUUUGAAACUAAAAUUGGAAUAAUGUUUUUUCUUGCUUUUAUAAAGGAUAUGAACCUUACAGUCUCUUCUGUGUAAUAUACUCAAAAUAGCAAGGGACACUAAGUUGUAGUGUUCCUACUAUUUUGUAGUCAAUAUUUGUAUACUAUUUUGUAGUCACUCAAAUACACUAAGUUGUAGUAGUAGUAUUUUAUAAGAUUAAUUUUAACAAGAGUUGAAUGUAAUUUUGAAGUUCCAUCAAAAUUACAUGAUUUGUGAUUAAAUGAUUUACAUUGAUUAUUUUUUUACAAACAUUAAUUUUAUAAUUAUAUUUUGUAUAUUCUGAUGUAUCAAAUAUGUUAUAUACCAUUCCAGAAUUUAAUAUCAUAUAAAUGUAUGGUUAGAUAUCAGAUUUGAAUGUUUUGAUCAAUAUUUUAAACUGACACAUCAUAUAAUUUAAUUUUUUUAUUUUGUAUAAAAAGUUAUUAUGUUGUGAUUACAAUUGUUUUUGAUCAGAAAUUUACCAUAGUUAGUGCCAUAAUUUUAUAUUUACUGUAGUAUUUAAUUAAAUAUGAUGAUAUUAAAGAUUUUUAUCUACUGUUUGUGCCUUUAACUUAAAUGUUUAUAAUUAAAUAAUAAUUGUUAUUAGAAUAUUAUAUUUAUUAUAUUAUUUAUUUCAUACAUUUCAUUAAUAAAUUAUUAAUUCGAAAUAUCCUUCCAAGUCACAUUUACCUCAAUAUCGCUGCAUAUCAAAUAGCAAAUUAUUACCUUAAUAUAAAGUCAUUAAUUUUGUGAUAUCUGUACU